UGAAUGCCUUCAAAUAUAACACUCGUAUAACAGAUUAUACAGAAUUGGCGGAAAAGGUGGUAGAUUAUGCCGGUGGCAUUCCAUUAGCUCUUAAAAUUUUGGGUUCCUCAUUCCUUUGCUGCGAGAGCAAAGAAGAUUGUUUAGAUGAAUCAAUCGCAAUGAAAGAAUUUCUAAGGAAAAACAUUCAGAAAGUCUUGAAAAUAAGUUACGAUGGAUUAAAAAACGAAAAGAAGAUAUUUCUUGAUAUAGCGUGUUUACAUAAAGUGGAGACUAUGCAUAUUGUAAAAAGAAUGUCCAAUGCUUGUGGUUUUCGUGCAGCGGGAAUUAGAGCUCUCAGUGAUAAGUCCCUCGUAUCAAUUUCCGAAAGCAAGCUUAUAGAAAUGCAUGUUCUGGUCCAAGAAAUGGGCAGGGAAAUUGUUCGCGAAGAAUGUAUUGAAGAGCCUGGAAAACGAAGUAGAUUGUUCAGUGCGGAUGAUGUCUAUCAUGUACUGAAAACUAAUACGGGAACUGCAGCCGUUCAAUGCAUAUCCUUUAACAUUUCAGAGAUUGGACCGUUGAAUCACGCAGACUUCAGAAAGAUGUUUAAUCUAAGAUUGCUCAAUGUUGAUAGCUAUGGCAAGCUCAAUGUUAGUGAUGGCAACUCGGAGUUAAAUGUUUCUCUUCCCAAUUCUCUUAGGUAUCUUUGCUGGGUGGGAUACCGACUAAAAUCUUUGCCAUCAGAAUUUUCUCCAGACAAUCUUGUUGAGCUUCGAAUGCCCUACAGCAGUGUCGAACAACUUUGGAAUAAAGGCCAGAAGCUUGGAAACUUAAAAGUGAUGGAUCUUAGUCACUCCAUGCAUCUGACUGAAGUUCCAGAUCUUUCUCAAUGUCCGAAAAUCAAGCAUAUAAAUCUUAUGAAAUGUACAAGUUUGGUUGAAAUUCCUUCGUAUUUUGUGAAACUGGACAAGCUUACUGUUCUUAACCUGGGAUACUGCUCACUUCUCAGAAAUCUUCCGAAGAUGCCAGGAAAUAUUGAAUACUUAGAUUUAAGUAACACCGUGAUAGAGGAGUUGCCUUCAUCAGUUUGGUCUAGUGCAAACAUUUCUACCUUGAAUAUUCAAGGGUGUAAGUACCUUAAGAAUCUUCCAAGCAGCAGUUGUAAGUUGAAGUUACGUAAUUUGUCUUUUUGGGGCUGCUCAUCUCUUGGCAAGUUUUCGGAGCUUCCCAGGAACAUAACAGAGUUACAGUUGACUGAGACAGCAAUAAAAGUACUGCCCUCAUCAAUCGAGCAUCUCUCUCAUCUCAAGAAAAUUGAACUGGAAAGUUGCAAACGUCUUGCAAGUCUCCCAAAGAGCAUUUGCAAGUUAAAUUCUCUUGAGAGACUUAACCUCGCUGGUUGCUUAAAAUUUCAAUGCUUCCCAGAAAUAUUGGCGCCUAUGGAGCACCUAAACUUUCUUAGCUUGUCAGAAACCGCAGUUAAAGAGCUACCCUCAUCGAUUGAAAAUCUGAUUGGGCUUCAGACAUUACAGCUCUACCGGUGCAAAAAACUGAAGUGUAUCCCGAAUAGCAUCUACAACUUAAACUCACUUCAAACUCUCACGUUUGGUGGUUGUUUAAAGCUUAAAAAGUUGCCUCAGUUCCGGGUAGGUUUGCGCUCUUUGGAAGAACUAAACCUCAGUUACUGUGGUAUAUUAGAAAUCCCUGAUCACCUUGUUUGCUUAACAUCGUUACGAGAGUUAGAUCUAAGUGGAACCAUGAUCUCGAGCAUACCUGCAAGCAUCAAACAAUCUUCUCAGUUGUCUGUCCUUCGUUUAACCAAAUGCAAGAAGCUGCUGUCUAUACCGGAGCUCCCAGUUGGGCUGCAAAUUCUUGAAGCACAAGGCUGCUUGGCGCUGGAGACAGCGUCCAAAUCAAGGUCUGCGCUAAUACAAUUAUGUCAUGAUAAAAUGAGGGUAAGGCUAGCCGACAUUCACCUCUCCCAGACCCUGCGUAAAGCGGGAGGCUUGUGCACUGGGUUUUGGCAACGACAACAACGAUGGUGGUGGUGGUGAUUAUGGCAGAAACAAUGGUGGAGGUAAUUGUGGUGUCAUCAGUAGGGCGCAGUAGUUAGGGUGUAAAGGUAGCAAUGGUGAUUGUUGUGGUGGUGGUGGUGGUGGCGGCGUUGGCAGUGGCAAUGGCAACAAUGGUAGUGACUCGAGCAAAAACAAUGGUGGAGGUAAUGGUGAUGUCAUCAGUAGGGUUUAGGGUGUAAAGGUAGCGAUGGUGGUGAUUGUUGUUGUGCUGGUGGUGGCAUUAUUGACAGUGGCGUCAUUGGCAAUGGAAAAAAUGGUGGUGAUGAUGCCGAUGGGGGUGUGUCGGUGGUGAUGGCAACUACAAUGAUGUGUGUAGUGUGGUGGUGCUAAUAGUGGGGUGUGGUGGUUGGGGUGGAUAGGUAUUGGAAGAAGAUCUACUCUAGUUAUUUGUCUCUUACCAUAGCUGGUAGGUAGCAUGGGUGUAUACAUGAGGGUGCUGUUUACCACCUAAAGUAUGGCUGUCAUUCUCCUUAAUUCAAGGGAUUGCUGAUUUUGCUUUAGUUGUUAGGUGAUUAGGCGUAAAUCAAGGAAAAAUUAUUUUUGUGUUGUUUCUUUCUUCUUUCUACGCUCAUUUAUAUGAGCUAUCUUUGUACUUUAUUCCUUCAUAAUAAAAAGUACACCUUCAAAUUCCAAUAAUAGAUAACAAUGAUGGUGGUAAUGGCGGUGGUGAGGGUUGUUGUAGUUGUGGUGUUGGUUAUAGCGGUGGUGACAAUGCGGUGAUGGCAGUUGUA